AUGUCAAACGAACCAACAGCAAUAUUAGAUAGUACUACAGAUAAUGCUCAUGGUAUCCCACAUGUCAUAGCAGACCACUUUCCUGAAGGCCGAGUCGAAAAUGCACGGGUGUUCGAAUGUGGAAAGUGCAACACAGCCCAGAGCUAUUGCAGGAAAGUAAUAGAGGCUUUUAUCCACGAGAAUCAAGGCACUUGCUUGCAGUUCGAAUGCAGGGUCUCAGGGUGUAAGGGGCGCACUUGGUUUGUCUGUGUUGACUGUUGUCGCAAAUGUGGAGAUAGCAUUGCGAAUGCAGAACAUCACCUUUCCGCCUCUAAGAUUCACAAAAAGAAUAGGAAAGCUCUUGGCCAUGCAAUCGAGGAAGAAGCUUCCGUGGACCUAAUAACCGCUGCUGCGAAUGCUUCUAAUAGUGGGGAUCCCGAGAAUCCCAACCUGAUGGAAAGCUGCAGUGUGGGCGCGCAGUCGUGGGGCCAGGAUGAUACUUCACUGGACCACCACCAAUCAUCAUCGCCUGGAAAGCGGAAUUAUGAGUCCGCCUUUGGAUCAAGCCACUUCCACCCAAUAGCACAGGCUGCUGUUGGAGAGGAAUCGGCUUUAAAUCAUGUUGACGCCACCCACACUAACCAGACCCUCCCUGUCAGCAUGGACUUGUCUCUAUUUGGCGAUCAGCCAGCUGAAAGCAUCACUUGGAUUACUAAUUUGCAUCAAAGAAAAAAGAAAGCCACACCAACCGAGUUGAGUUUGGCCUUGGGAGCAGAUUCAAAUAUGGCCUACUUCUUUGCCGAAGAGGAGCAUGGAUCACCCGAUGGAAAGAUUGGUGGUGGACUGAGAGCAUUGGUUGGCAGGGCAUUCCAGGGCACUUGGGCCCUUUCCCAAAGCAGCCUACCCACCUUCCCGGAAGCUGUGUUCCAGGCUCAGUUCAUGGUUCAGUAUGUAAGCAUGAAUGAAGUUCAAUGGCAAAGGCAAAUAGACAUUCUUGAUGCUUUGCGUCGGAGCAGCAAUGAUUCGUCCCUACUACAGUCCACCCAUUUACUCUCAAGCAAGAAAGAUUUAAGGAGGGUAUUCGAUGACGGAAACCAGAACUCACUGUGGAACACCCUACCUAUCCCUCCUGUCCACAACAUUGGCAACAUUGGCUAUGUUAGCCCAAAAGAUCUUCUUACGUUCGCCUUUGCCUUUGGCUUCAAGUUGGAUCCAAUUUACGUAUUGAACAGUACUUUGGAGGCCGAGCUAGAUGCAGCACAGAACCUACCGGCGUACCAUGUGUCUGACUGUCGUGAGGUGCAAGAGAUGAAGAGAGGCACCAUAAAAUUCAUCCGAAACAGCGAUGAAGAGUUCGAUGUUGUCCUGGUUGUGCCCUGCAGUGACUGGAGAGAUGGGCACGGGAUAAGCCACGUCAAGAACAACCGGUCUUCAGUGACAACAUGGAGCUGGUCAAUUUUGCCACCAAAAGACAACGUGAACUCCACCGACAACACACUGCCAAUUGCAGUUGGUGCCAAAAAAGAGCGAGUUUUGGGCUGA